UACUCAACAUGCUGAAGGAAAGCAAGGCAGAUAUAUUUGUUGAUCCAGUGCUCCACACAGCCUGUGCCCUAGACAUCAAACACCACUGUGCUGCCAUUCCACCAGGGAGAGGACGCCAAAUGUCAUGCUUAAUGGAAGCUCUGGAAGAUAAGCGUGUGAGGUUGCAACCUGAAUGCAAGAAACGCCUUAACGAUCGUAUUGAAAUGUGGAGCUAUGCUGCCAAGGUUGCCCCAGCAGAAGGCUUUUCUGACCUUGCCAUGCAAGUUAUGACCUCUCCGUCCAAGAAUUACAUACUAUCUGUGAUCACGGUUGGCAUCUGUGUACUCUUCCUCAUCGGCCUGAUGUGUGGACGCAUCACUAAGCGGGUGACAAGAGAGCUCAAGGACAGGUAGAGCCUGGAUUGCCUGCUGAAGAAAUGCCUGCCCAGUGCCCAGUUUUGUACAGCCCUCCUCUGUAUAGUCUACCCACCCCCUCUUGCAAGAGGAGAAUAAAAA